CCCACCCCGGGGAUCCUGGUUUAGAAUGUUAAAAGAGUUUCCAGAGUUCUCCGAGGUAAACUUUCCCGAGCGAGUUCGGCGGUUGCUCGCGGGUGGCUGCGGGCCGUCAUGGUUUCUCCUCGGACUUGCGUUCACAAGCUGGGCUCGACGCUUCCGUUGCUGUUGGUGCUCUGGGAUCUCCACUACGAGGGAGUACAAUGUGGCAUAAAUGCAGAAGUAGAAAAGCAGCUUGAAUUGGGAAAAAAGCUGCUGGCAGCUGGGCAGCUGGCAGAUGCUUUGUCGCAUUUCCAUGCUGCCAUAGAAGGAGAUGCCGAUAACUACCUUGCUUAUUACCGAAGAGCCACAGUAUAUCUAGCCAUGGGCAAAUCAAAAGCUGCCAUUCGUGAUUUAAGCAGGGUAGUCGAAUUAAAGCAGGAUUUUACAUCGGCGCGACUACAAAGAGGCCAUCUGCUGCUUAAGCAGGGAAAGUUGGAUGAAGCUGUAGAAGAUUUUGAAGGCGUGCUCCUGUCUCACCCCAGUGAGAAAGAAGGAGGAGAAGCCCGCGCUCAGUUGUUGAAGUCAGAUGAGGCUCGGCGCCUGCGUUCCCAAGCACAGUCUGCCUUUCUCGAAAAAGAUUACCACACUGCUAUCACUCUCUUGGAUAAAAUUCUGGAAGUUUGUGUUUGGGAUCCGGAUAUGCGAGAACUUCGAGCUGAAAGCUACAUUAAGGAAGGAGAGCCUGGGAAGGCUAUCAAUGACUUGAAGGCUGCUGCCAAAUUGAAGAGUGAUAAUACUGAAGCUUUCUAUAAAAUCAGCACAAUAUACUAUGAAUUAGGGGACCACGAAAUGUCUCUAAGUGAAGUGCGGGAAUGUCUGAAACUGGACCAAGACCAUAAGGAGUGCUUUUCUCACUACAAGCGAGUAAAGAAGCUCAACAAGCAGAUUGUUUCAGCAGAAGAGCUCAUCAAAGAAAGAAGGUAUCAGGAAGCCACUGAGAAGUAUGAAGCUGUUAUGAAGAUGGUGACAAAUGUUCCUAUCUACACUACUCGAGCCAAAGAGAGAAUCUGUCAUUGCUUUUCAAAGAAUCAACAGAUGACAGAAGCCAUUAAAGUUUGCACAGAAAUUCUGCAGCUGGAGCCAGAAAAUGUAAAUGCCCUCAAAGAUCGGGCUGAAGCAUACUUGCAAGAAGAAAUGUAUGAAGAAGCUAUCCAGGACUAUGAAACUGCUAAAAAAUACAGCGAUAAUGACCAACAGAUUCUGGAAAGCCUUGAGAAAGCCCAGCGGAUGCUCAAGCAGUCUCAAAAGAGGGACUACUAUAAAAUUUUAGGAGUUAAAAGGAAUGCCAGGAAACAGGAAAUCAUAAAAGCCUACAGGAAGAUGGCAAUGCAGUGGCACCCAGAUAAUUUUCAGGAUGAAGAAGAGAAGAAGAAAGCAGAGAAAAAGUUUAUUGAUAUUGCAGCUGCCAAAGAAGUCCUCACAGAUCCAGAAAUGCGGAAGAAGUUUGAUGCAGGAGAAGACCCAUUGGAUGCUGAGAGCCAGCAAGGGGGAGGUCACCCUUUUCACCGAUCUUGGAAUUCCUGGCAAGGGUUUGACCCCUUCAGUUCUGGGGGACCUUUCCAGUUUAAAUUCCAUUUCAAUUAGAACUGCUAUACUCUUUUUAUUUUAUUUUUCCUUUUGCAUCUGGCAAUCUGCAUUUUUUUCUAGAUAACUUAAAAUUACCGUCUAGUCUUUGAACAGUCGUGAAAGCCAGGGUUUUGUUUUGUUUUGUUUUUGGUGAUAGUUCAAAAGGGAUAGCAAAAUCCAGCCAUAUCAAUAAUAUCAGUUAGUUCCGGGCCUCAAAGCUCCACCUCAAGACAAAUCCAUGUUUGAGAAGAAACUGACUCAAAAAAGCACUUUAAAGUUUACUAAACCAUUGGGGCCCUUUUGUGGGAAUUAAUCACUUGAAAUAACAAAAUAUACUCCAGCUUUAGUUACCACAAGAGGAAAUGCUAAAGUCUCAAGCGACUGUUGGAAGUAUUACACGUCUGCAGGAUAUGACUGUUUACAUCAAACAGACAUUGGUCACUGCAGCCAGUUUAUAGACAGUUUAAGUUGUUCUGAUUAAUGUUACAAGGACAAUUUUCUCUGAUUAAAACCUCUCCUCCUGGUUGCUUUUAAAGAAUUCAAGGGAAUUAAAUUUUUAGCCAGGUGGCAGGGAACCAUUUUCCAUUGAAAAUUUGCUUGACAUUUGAGCAGGACUGAGAUAUUGGCCAUAAUAAGUAGAACUUUGUUCUGCUCUUGAAGAUAUUUUUUUUAAAGGGUAGUAGAUGAUCAUCCUCUUCACAACUAUUAUAUGCAUGUCUGUUGCUGCACAGACUAAUAACUCACGGAGCCGACUGAAAGUGUUUUCACGCAACCGAAAUCUGAUAUAAUGAACUGUAUUCAGAACGGAGCCUGGAGUCAUCUUGGGAUGUAAUAUUGAACUUGCCUUUCUUUCACAUCCGGUCUUUUUCAAGAACGCAGUUUUGAACCCUUGUCAAAAUGAUCUUCAUCUUUCACUUUGCUUGUUCUCAUUAACACAUGGACGGCCCAGUCUAUUUCCAUGCAAGUGUCCAAACUUCUGAAAAAUUAGUGGUUGAAUCUCACUAGCUUUGGGGUGUAACGUUCUGUUCUUUAGGAAUGCUUUUGAAAUGAUUUGGAUUCAUCUCAAAAUAUGCCACGAUGGACGUUUGUUGAGUGAGCAUUCAGACAAAAAACCAGGACCCCCAAAGUGCUUUCAUGUUUCUCUCCUCGAGAAUGACUCCAGAAAUGCUGGGAGAUGUUAACCUAUUAACAAAUUAUCCUUAUGUUUUGGACAGGAUUGCAUAAAGUGCCAUUGUUAGGAUGGGGGUUUCUUUGACCAAAUCCUAUCAGUCCAUGUUUAUACAGGACGUGGUUUGGGCUGCAUUGAUGUUGCUGGAGCUGCUUGUCCUAGAAAGGCCACCAGGCCUGCGCCUGGAUUGAUCCAAAGGUUUGGCAGUGCUUCUGGGUCAAUUGAAAUCAAAGAUUGCCUUGGAAGUAUUUGCCAGAAUAAAUCAGGGGUUGAAGGGGGGGGAAGAUACGUUCUAUGAAAACUAUGUUGUUCUAUGUUGAAGGUAAUGAAAUACUAAAUAGUAUUCAACAGUAGCACAUAGUUGUUUUAAUUGCUUUAAAUCCUGAAGGGUUUUUUUGAGGGGCCAGGGUUGGCUGUGUUGGGUGGGAGGGAUAGGACAAGUUGAAUUCUGAAGUUAACAAUUGUGCCAAACCUUAAUUUGUUUCUACGCCAAGAAAUGAAUAGAAAUUGCGUUAUUAUGCUGUUGUUCCUAGUAGACUUUGGUGGAAUUUUAAAAAAUCUUAUUUCAUUCCUUUGGAAAUUAAAGAAGCUAUUUAAAAGGCAGUUCAGUUAUCAGUUGCUACCGUAAAGUAUCCAUGGAAUUAAAUGCAUCAAAUGUAGGGGAAAAAUGGGAACUUUGCCUUUUGCAAAAUAGCAGUAUAUUUUAAGACCACAAAGAUUAAAAUUUCUUUUUCAACUUUACUACUUUGAAAUCUGGAAGCUAUUUUGUGACGGUGUAGUUUUAUAUUAAAUCGGUGGCAUUGGUGUACAUGUGUUACGUCUGAAAUCUGAAAUUUAAAAUUCUGCUUUAUCAAAGCCUGUUACAUGUACUUAUCAAAAUAAUUAUUGCCUCUCUUAUUGGGACAAUGUUUGGAACCCAGUCUUCUUUAUAUUGAACAGAAAUGAGACCAAAAUAAUGCUAAAUAUUUACUAGGAGGUGUACUAUAAUAUCUAAGUCCUUUGCCCGUUAAUAUAUGAUGUGAUAAUACACGGAAACUACUGCCAAGUUUCCCCCUUUACAGCAGGGGUCUCUAACCUUGGCAACUUUAAGACUUGUGGACUUCAACUCCCAGAAUUCUGUGAGUUGAAGUCUACAAGUCUUAAAGUUGCCAAGGUUGGAGACCCCUGCUCUACAGGAAGCUGUGGUCUACAGAAGAGUGGUCAAAGUAAUACACUUUCUUCUUUUUAUAUAAUUUUGUGACAGGCUAACAGAAACUGUUUUAUCUGUUUUGCUAUAUUUUGCAAUGGGAGGUUGCAAUACUUGAUUCCAAAUGGAUACUUUGUCUAAUUGGAAAAAGAAAUGGUUGCUUUAAAAGAAACAAAUACAAAUUUUAGGUGUAUACACACCAAAGUCUCUUUUCUGAAUGGUUCCUGACGUUCUCUGUCGCCCUACUUUAUACUAAAGAAUUGGCCAGCAAGCUUAAGCUGGAAGCUCAAGAGCAGGGUUUUUCAAAUGUGUUCUACAAAAUUUAAGGAGAGAUUAAAGGCAAAUAAGAGUUAAUCCC